AGUCGGUUAAUUUAAGUCCGUUAAAAACCCUAACCUAACCUGAACUGAGACCUAACCUAAAAGCUUUGGCAGUUGACAUUUCUUUGUCAGACGACUGUUACUUGUCAACAUUUUUAGGUUAGUUUAAACUUGUGACAUGAGUUGUGGAAGUUUCUUGGUUUCUAAGUCAAAAUUAAAUGAAAUAAAUGUUUAACUUAUUAAAAUUUAAGUAACUUCAGCUAUGUCGCUCAUGGCCAUAAGUAAAAACAACGUAUUUGUAUGCAAGGGAAGCUACGUAGAUUGUUACGAUUAUUCAAAACACACUAUUUUACAACUUACAUCUGAAACACCAGGUGAAGAUGAAACAAUUACUGAUAUCGUUAUAUCUUUUAACGAAAAACUUUUAGCGGUAUUAUUACCCAAAACAGUAAUGAUAUAUGAGUUACCGAGUUUAAACAACAUUAAAAAAAUUGCUUUACCAAGAAGUGCUAGUAAAAUAAGAUUUGAAGAAAAGAACUCGAAAAUAUUUGUAGCUGAUAAAACUGGUGAUGUCUUAUACUUUGAAUUGAAUGAGGAUGGUGGAUCAAAGCUAUUAGGUCAUUUAAGUCUCUUGUUAAAUGUCUUGCAAACCAAUGAUGGAAAAUACAUUAUCACCUCAGAUAGAGAUGAAAAGAUUAAAGUAUCUUGCUAUCCAAAUACAUACAAUAUUCAAACAUAUUGUUUGGGUCAUAAAGAAUUUGUUAAUCAUAUAGAACUAGUACCAGGCACCAAUGGUUACUUGUCAAGCACUUCAGGCGAUGGAACUGUUAAAUUCUGGAACUAUAUUGAUGGUACUAUUUUAUACACUAUCGACACAUACAUGGACCUAAAAAAUAAUGAUGGAAUAAAACAAGAAUUCAGUAGAUUAAUGGAUGAAGAAGGAAUUGAAAUAAAUAGUUUACCAGUAGUAGGUUACACAAUUACUAAAUAUAAUGAAUACUCCAGCCUUAUAGCAGUUUCUAUUCAUUCUUAUAUGAAGGUAUUAGUGUAUCAAAUAAGCAUUAUAAAUGAUCAGUUUACUCACAGAUUUGUAAAAGAUAUCACUGUUAACAAUUUUCCAACUGCUAUUAAAUUUUAUAAUUUGACAUUAUUUGUAUAUGAUAGUAUAAAUUCAGUAAUAAAUGAAUACCAAGUUGGUACUAAUAAUGACAAUAUUUUAUUAAAUUUGAGCAGAGUAAAUAAAGUUUUUGAAAAUAUGGGAGUCGAAUUAGGUUCUCAUGAUCACAACUCAAUCAAACUAUUAUUUAAAAGGAAGUUUGAUAAUGUUCAAGAAUAUCGAGAAAGAAAAAAACAGAGACUGGAAAAGUUUGCAAUUUGAUUGAGCUGAUUAUCUAAGUGUUAAUUAAACUUUUAACUAAAUA